GAGAAUGCAAUAUAUAUAUCUUCUUAACACGUCCAUUGCCUGUGUUUCUUUUUGACAACCAUCUGUCCCUAGAAGACGUUCCUCUGUUCUCCUAGAAAGGUGCAAAUAAACUCUCGAAAAUGUCUGAGAAACGAAUGUCUAGUAGUAAAAAACACAGCCUAAAGAGCAUGAUGCUCCAGGUUGCAAAAGAUUUACUGGAAGCAGAGGCGAUGGUGAAGGAGGAGGAGAGGAAGAGAUACAUGGAAGAUCAUUGUCCUCCCUUGUCAUGCCCAAGCUCCAAACAAGAACUACAGGAGCUUUGCAAAGAGUUACAUGCAAAAAUCGAGGUUAUUGACGAGGAGAGAUAUAUUUUAGAGCACAAAGCCAUCAUGGUCGUGAAUGAGGUUAAAGACUUAAACAUCAAGAUCAUCGACCUGAAGGGCAAGUUCAAGAAGCCUCCUCUGAAGAAAGUGCGCAUGUCGGCCGACGCUAUGCUCCAGGCUCUGCUGGGCUCCAAGCACAAGGUCUCCAUGGACCUGAGAGCCAACCUCAAACAAGUCAAGAAGGAGGUCAAAGAGGAGGAUAAAGAGUUGCGUGACGUCGGCGACUGGCGUAAGAACAUUGAGGAUAAGACUGGUAUGGGCGGCAGGAAGAAGAUGUUUGAAUCUGAAUCUUGAAGAGGUUUUUGAUGAGUAUUUCACAAUUAUUUUUUCUGACUUGGAUCUGAAUAAAAUGCAGUACAUAAAGGAAAUGUGUUUAUCUGUUCAGUUUAUAGUGCAUAGAAAUGCCAGUCAAAACUCUCUCCAACAAUGAAUGGUUCAGUUCAUAAUAAAAGAUUGAUUGUUUGUCAAAAUUAUGCCUUUUCUAAAUAAAGAACCCAACUGUA